CGUCAGCCCUCAAAAGUGAAAACUAAUGGGAAACUAGACUCACAUUACCUUUUGGAUUCCAGACAGCACACCAGCCUAAGGAAAGCAGAAAGUUCACGACUGAGUCGACAAACUUGACGAUGGCUUACAACAAAUUCUUUAUCGUCGUCUUUUGUCUUCUGAGCAACCUGGCUGGGGCCCUCACAGAGAGCACUGUGUCUUGCUACAGGAUCGAGCCAGGGACAAUAGCAGGCAUCAUUUGUGCAGAUGUGCUGCUGACCCUCGUCAUUGUUGUCAUCACCUACCGAUGUGCCAGUGUUCGGCGUCAGAAGAUUGAAAAUGCUAACAAAGUGUACAUGAAUGUCCGGGCCAACUGCAAGAGCUAAUCUAAAGAAGAUGCUGUACAUUAUAAUAUUAUGUUACAUCUUUUAGAUUCUGUUUUGUCAAAAAAAUAUAUACAUUAGAAAAUGUAAGAAAAGGUUAAUAAAUAAAGUCUUUUUACAUUAAACUCUUUUGCAAUAAUCUAAACUAGAGUAUCUUGUAUAUAUUACAUUUUUGCUCAGCUUAUUACAAUACAAUAAACUUAUUAAAAAAAUCAAAGUAAUUUGACUUACUACACAAUUACUAUUACAUACAAUACACUUGAUGUGUAAUGUCCCA